AUGGCCGCUCCUGCCCCGACGGCGCUGACGCUGUGGGCGACGCGCGCCGCGACGGCCGCUGUGCUGUCCUCGGGCUGCGACGCCAUCGACGCGCUGCUCGACGGCGGCUUCCGCUCCGGUCUGCUGACGGAACUCUGCGGCGCCGCGGCGGCGGGCAAGACGCAACUGUGUCUCCAGUUGUUACUUCAGUGCUGUCUGCCGCGCGCGCUCGGGGGGCUGCAGGGCACUGCGUGUUACAUUGGCACCGAAGGCGCGCUGUCGAUCAAGCGACUGCACGCGCUCGCGCACGUCUAUGCACGACGCUACGACCACACGACUGGACUGGCGGUCGGCGGGAAACGGAAACGCGGUGAAGUAGCGCCAGCGGCCACGGCCAGCGACUUCCUGGACGGCAUUUUCGUCGAGCAACUUCACGCGGUGGACGACCUCUUGCGUCUAGUGCAGACGAGACUGCCCGCGCUGCUCGCGGAACAAAACACCAAACUCGUUGUGCUCGACUCGGUCGCGGCCGUCUUUCGUCUCGAGUCCACGUCGUCUGUCAAGGACGCCGCCGAGCGCGCCCAGACGAUGUUCCACUUGGCCAACUGCAUGCGCAUUCUCAGCGACCAGUACGGCGUCGUGUUCGUGCUGACCAACCAAGUGACGGGCGACUUUGACGCUGCUCGGUCGACGCCGCGUGGCGACGGUCUGCGUCCAGCGCUGGGGCUCUCGUGGUCGCACUGCAUCAACCAGCGGCUGAUGAUUACGAGGAACACGGACUCGACGGACCGACAGCUCGAGGUGGUUUUCUCGCCGCACUUAGCAGCAGGUACCUGCGUCUUCCAGGUCACGACUGACGGCGUCCGACCUGUGGACCGAGACUGA